CAGUGGGAGAAAUUACGAAAUAUUCUAAAUAUGAAAAAUUCCAGCCUAGAAUAUAAUCAUUGGUUUCAUUGAAAAAUAAUAGGAAAUAAACUUUUUUGCUGCCUUACCGAGAGAAUGUAGUCUAUAUUGGAAUGAACUGUGUGACUUAGAAGAAUGUAAUUCCACUAAACAUGCAGUAAAGUAUUUGGGGAAAGAACGAAACUACUGGUAAUAUGAAACCCAACGACAACGUUUUGCACGCAAGCUGAAGUGUCCACCAGCCAUGCUUCACAGAUUCCCGCUUCUAAGGUUCUAUGAUAUCAACAACCAUCUUUAGUCAAAAGAGAAAUGUACUUCGGUGGAGAGGUCCCCCCUUCCAUCAUCUCUGGAAUAUUCACACAUCAGAAAACCAGAACAUUCCAAUACAAACAGAACGAUUGGCCUUCUCUCAACUCUAAAAACGAUCCGGUGGAUAUUGCUUUUCAACCUUUGGAUAUAACGAUUUUCACAACCAAUAACACGUCUGAAGAUGAUCCAGAGUCUUUUGACAGCCAACUCAAUUUCUUAGACAUCAACAUCACAGCGGAGUUCUGGAGAGAAGGAUAUGAUUCAAAUCUAACUUGUUAUCAUUCAGCAUGUGUGGCUAAUAACGAUACUCUCAAUCCAAAUAUUGUUGGCUUACCCCCGGAUGGAAGAAAUUGGCCCUUCCUUUUCCUGACAGCUUUAGUUGUGGCAGGUGGCCUGGGCAACGUUCUUGUGUGCCUGGCCAUUUGCUUGGAAAAAAGGCUUCAGAAUGUGACGAAUUAUUUUUUGUUAUCCCUAGCUGUGGCGGAUUUAUUAGUAUGUGUUGCGGUUAUGCCCUUUGGUAUUCUGGAUGGUUUUCUUGGUUAUUGGCCGUUUGACUGGCCUAUCUGCAGCGUGUGGGUCACGUGUGAUGUACUCAGCUGUUCGUCUUCAAUUAUGCAUAUGUGCUUCAUUUCAUUAGGACGUUACCUUGGGAUUCGAAAUCCAUUAAAAACACGCUCCAGCUCCAAAAAGAUAGUAAUGAUGAAAAUAGUUUUGGUAUGGCUUGUAUCCAUGGCAAUUACUAGUCCCAUAACUGUCUUGGCAAUGAUUGAUCCUACGAACAUAAUACCCACACGCGGUUUGUGUGCAAUCAACAAUAGAUUCUUUUUCAUGUUUGGCUCCAUGUUUGCAUUCUACGUACCUAUGGUUAUUAUGGUGGUCACCUACGUCCUAACUGUACGUUUACUACAAAGAAAAGCCAAAUUCUUAGCAGAAAAGCCGACCAGAAGAGUACCGUUCAUAAGAAGGGGUCGCAGAUCAUCUCCUUCAUCGCCAUCAGAUAGUACCACUAAAAAUGGCAACAUACAGCAAACUACUUUGAGUACUUGUCAGCACUGUGGACGCUGUCAGGCAAAUGAUGCUAUCUGUGGCGAUACCAAAGGUCUCUUAAGUCCUCAGAGUCGCCCUUCAUCUUCGCAAGGUUUUGUUAGAGUUCGAAUCGGAGGUCAAAGUGGCCAUGGUCAGCACAAUCGAACUUCAACACAACACCAGCAACAGCUUGUUCCAGGCAUGGUGAGGACUCUGGGCACAAACCAAGUCGCAAACGAGCAAAAAGCGACAAAAGUACUUGGUAUUGUGUUUUUCUGUUUCGUUGUGUGCUGGACGCCAUUUUUUAUUUUGAACGUCUUGUUGGUGUUCAUGGAUCCCGAGGAAUUCCAUCCUUAUCUAGCAACAACAUUCCAAUGGUUAGGUUACGUUUCUUCCACUAUAAACCCAAUAAUAUACACGGUGUUCAACAAGACUUUUAAGAGAGCUUUCUGGAAACUGCUGACCUGUAAGUUUCCCUUUGCGAGGCAUGUUAGUCUGAACUCUAACAACGAUCUUUCCACCUGGGCUUUUAGGUCAGCAAACUAUACCACUAAAUCUGGCUCCCCGCCAGAUCCAUAUCAAGACACAACAAUGUGUUAACUGUGCCAAACUAUGCGUAAAUAUUUGCGUUUAUAUUAAAAUUUAGCACUGUACAUACUACUUACUUUCUUUUUCCAUGAACUUUCCAUUAAAAAAAUCCUAUUAAUUUAUUUUAAUUGAACAUUGAACCAUGCAAAGUUUCGAAAGUGUGACACAAACUUUAGUUCAACUCAAAACAAAUAACAACUUACCCAAAAUGCACUUUCAAUUUUACUUGUCUCAAUUUAUUAUUCCAGAAAUUAUUUAAAAAAUGAGAAUCUGCUAUAUUUCUUACUGAAAAGAUUUGAAGUAAAUUAAGUUAGUUAAACCCUAGAUAACUAAAAAAACUCUCGUCCAACGGAAUACCAAUAUUUGCUAACUUCACAAAUUCGGGAAGUUAACGUUACACUUGACAUUCAUCGAAAUUUUUAUACAUUUAAAAGGAUUUCUUAUAAGUUGUGAUAAAUAAUUUAAGGUAAUGCAAAAAUAAAAUGAUACAUAAACGAGUUCAAAAAUAAACGUCUUCAUAAUCUAUGAAUUUAAUAUUUAGAAACAUACAUGAACGAAUAAUAAAUAUUAAAGACCCUCCCUAUGACGUCAUUGCAACACAUUUUGUAAAGUUUCCACUUGCGUUUGUCACAAAAGAGCAUUUCAAUUACUUUAGCACGAAACUAUUAAUUGAUGUUGAGGAUUUGAAAAGCAAAAACUCCGUGAUUUAGUGUCUAACAUAAUGUUCUCAUUUACUCUUGUAUUCGUUUUUUUUUUUCAUUUCAUUCUAUUUUAGGAUAAAUUCCACUAUAAACAGAGAAAAAAAUCUUCAUUGAUAAUUUACCUGAAAGCGUAUGAGUAUUGAUUAUAAUCAAUAAUACUCAUCCGAAUUUAUUUAAGUUUAAAAAAAGGAUUAUAAAAGGAUUAAAGAUUCAUUGCAAGCUUAUAAAUAUGUAUUACAGUAAUCUUAGAAAUAAAUUUUAGAACAACCCAAACAUUUAAAGCAAACCAUAAUUUACUUUAUAACCACUCGAUGUCCUUAAAGAAAAUAAACAUCCAAG